AUGCUGCGACGAGCUCUUGUGGCGAAGGGGAUGGGCUGCUCAGUGGCGGCGCAGGUACGAGCAAAAGUGACAGUUCCGACCACUGGAGCAUCUGCCCGUCGUCGCCCUCUGAGGCGGAAGAUGUCCGAGGACAAGUUCGCAGCGCUGUCGGCAGAGUUCUUGGACCGCGUGCAGACUGCUAUGGAGCCGCUUUAUCCGCCGAUCAAUGACGAUUUCCAGCUCCAACGUGAUGCAAAGGACGCGCUUGUGAUUCGCACCAGUGCUCAAGAGUUUGUGGUCCAAGUGCAGUCGUCCGAGCAGCAGAUCGAGUUUGUGUCUCCGGUGUCAGGUUUGCGCACGUAUCGCUGGAAUGCCGUGACAAAGCGGUGGGAGGACGAGACCGACUCGCACGAUAUCGAGGGACUGUUGACGCGCGACCUGAUGCGUUUCUGCGCGGGAAUCCCGCUUUUCUAA